GCCUAUCGCGUCGGGAGGAGCGAGCUGCUGGCAUGGCUUAACGAGCUCCUUCAGAUCAGCUACACAAAGGUGGAGCAAUGCGCCAACGGAGCAGCAUACUGUCAGAUCAUGGACGCAAUCUACCCUGGGGAGGUUCCGAUGAAGCGAGUGAUCUUUGAUGCAAAGCUCGAACAUGAUUGUGUCAAGAACUACAAG